CAUUUUUUAAACAAGAAUUAAAACGUCUUAGUACACAUUCUCUAAUUAGGCAGGCAUAGUCUUUUUCUCUUUGCACAGUUCAGUGAACAUUUAGCGUUUCUUUUUAUCCCUUUAUUUCAAGUUGUGUCUCAAGACUUCACUGAAGAGCAUGAAAUAUCAAAUGAAUUUCCUCAUCAACUGCCAGGAGUGUUUCACGAAUACUUUUCAAAAUACUUUCGUUUGAAGAAGGGGUUUGCGUUUUCUUAUUUGACAGCAAGGGAACCAAGAUACACAAAGACUAUAUUGUAUCUGCCUGCUUCAGCACCCGCCCAGGAUUCCUGAAACUUACAUUAACAACAAAGUUGACUUCAGAUACUUCAGGCGGCGCCUGUAAAGACGUGCCUUGUUCUACACUGAACCAAGUGUGCCUGGGUGACGUGCCCGACACCGCAGCGGAGCUCCCGUGUGUCCAGCGCAGAAUCCAGUCGCCCAGGGAAGCACCGAAACCCCUGCAAGUCAGACCAGCGUCCACCUCACUCCACCUCCCUACUCGUCCCUGGCUCCUGCAGGGAGUAACGCCGGCCAUUACUUCCAUUUCAAUACUUCGAAAUUCCGCAAUUCUGAUGGUUUUACUUAAGAAAAAAAAAGGGAACAGUUUUACUGGUUUAAAAUGUUUGGCGUCUCUCUUCGCGCUCCUUUUCUGAUGUAAUGUGUUGUCAACUUGUUCUCACAAGCACAUCCCUGACGCCAAAGCAGUCCCUGGCCCCAGCACCAGGAAGCACACCUGGCCCCAGGGCGAAGGGGCAGGCGAGCCUCCAGCUACAACGACAGACCGGCUGCCCCAGGCGUGACAGAGGCGACGGGCAAGGCGCGUUCGCGGGCUGCUGCUCCCAUGGCGGGCCCUGGGCGUCUACCAGGAAGGGAGAGACCAGCCUGGAGAAGGCAGAAAAGCCUGGGUACGUCCCUGCCGGGCGCCCGGAGCUCCCGAGGACAGAGCGGGCGGCUGCCCGGCCGCACGGAGCUCUCCAGCCCGAGGCACUGCACACACUUGUUCCAGCGGCCCCGGCCAGCAAGCGGCCACGCUCCCCACGACCGCCCCGCGGGGGGCUCGCCCACGACCGCCCCGCGGGGGGCUCGCCCACGACCGCCCCGCGGGGGGCUCGCCCACGACCGCCCCGCGGGGGGCUCGCCCACGACCGCCCAGUCCCCGCCACGCCAGGGGCGGCCCGGGCAGGGGCCCCGCGCCUCCAGGAACACGCCCGUGGGUGUUGGGCCGCCCCGUCCCGCCUCCGCAGAGGUCGCAGCCGCAGUCCCGCCGUCGGGGCCCGCCGGCAGACAGUGCACCUCCCAGCCCGGACCGGCACUCCCGGCACCCGCAGCCCCCGCUCCCUCCCAGCCCGGGCCGGCAACGCGGCCCGCCCGCCGCCGCUUCCACUCCUGCGCACUGGGCGCGCCCCCCAGGCGGGCCGGGGCCGGGGGCGGGCCGCGGGCGGGGGAGCGGCGGGCGGCCAAUUGCGGCCCCGCGGGGAGCGGCUGCGGCGGGGCCGCCGCCCGUGCUCGCAGGGCAGGAUGGAGGCGGAGGGCCGGGCACCGGGGUCGCCGCUCCUCGCCGGCGGGGAAGGGCCCGGGGCCGACUCGCGCCCCGCUGCGGGUGCCCCCGGCACGGCCCGGGGGCCGCUGAUCGCCGCCGCCGAGGUGCUGGCGCUGGACGAUGAGGAGGACGACCUGGAGGUGUUCAGCAAGGAUACAUCUCUGGCUGAGGUAAACUCAUUCAGUCCUUCAAUGCCAAUAUCCCCCUCAUCAAUGAUAAACCAAUAUAAAUUUGAAGAUGGACCAGAAUUAAGAGAUCUCUUCAUUACAGUCGAUGAUCCUGAAAGCCACAUUACAGCCAUUGAAACAUUUAUUACAUACAGAGUAGUCACAAAGACAUCCCGUGGUGAAUUUGACUCCAGUGAAUAUGAAGUUCGAAGACGAUACCAGGAUUUCCUUUGGUUGAAGAGCAAACUUGAAGAAGCACAUCCGACACUGAUUAUUCCUCCAUUGCCUGAAAAAUUCAUAAUGAAGGGCAUGGUGGAACGAUUUAGUGAUGAAUUCAUUGAGACUCGAAGAAAAGCUUUACAUAAAUUUUUGAACCGUAUUGCUGAUCAUCCAACUUUAACUUUUAAUGAAGACUUCAAAAUUUUUCUUACUGCACAAGCCUGGGAACUCUCAUCACACAAGAAGCAGGGUCCCGGUUUGCUGAGCAGGAUGGGACAAACCGUCAGAGCUGUAGCAUCCUCAGUAAGAGGAGCAGUUAAAAAUCGUCCUGGAAUGUUUACAGAAAUCAACAAUUACAUGGGAACAUUUAGUCAGAAAAUAAACUUACUAGAUAAAAUAGCUCAUAGGAUUUACAAGGAAGAAAGGGACUAUUUUAAUGAAAUGAAGGAAUACGGCCCCAUCCACACCCUCUGGUCAGCAUCCGAAGAAGAUUUAGCAGACUCCCUGAAGGGCAUUGCCAGCUGCAUCGACAGGUGUUGCAAGGCUACGGAGAAGAGAAUGGCAGGGCUCUCAGAAAACCUGCUGCCAAUUUUACAUGAAUAUGUUCUCUACAGUGAAAUUCUGAUGGGUGUUUUGAAAAGGAGAGACCAAAUUCAAGGCGAGCUUGAUUCCAAAGUUGAUGCUUUAGCCAAUAGAAAGACAGAAAAGGAUCUGUUCUCAGAAGAGAUUGGGAAACUUGAAGACAAAGUUGAACGUGCCAAUAAUGCUCUGAAAGCGGAUUGGGACAGGUGGAAGCAGAACAUGCAGUGUGAUAUGAGAUCAACAUUCACUAAUGUGGCUGAGAAUAAUCUCCGUUUUUACGAAGAGGCAUGACACUAUUGUCGGACACCUUAGUCCAGAAGAGAUAUCUGCCAAACAGCUGGAAUCACAAACUGUCCACAGGGUGGAGCUUACCAGCUGAGAAAGCUGAUUGUCACCAUGAGUAUUUUCAUUAAUUUAGGUAUAGAUAUUCUAUGCAGCAUUACAAAAACCAAAAUACAAAGUUGUUGAUGGUGCUGGUAGUAUUGUUUAGGUAGCACAUUUGAAAUGUAACUGGUGCAAAGUAGUGAAAAACCGGGCAGUGUUGAACUCUGGUUUCAAAGAACAAAACCGAUUAAACAUAUGCUAAAUUCUUUUUUUACUAUAGUCACUAGGACAUUUACAGCAUUGAAGAAAAAGAAAUACUUCAAUUUUUCUCAGCAAAGAACUUUGUUAACCUAUUCUGUUCAGGAAGAACACCAGAAUAAGUGGCAGCUCAAUCCAAAGAUAACUAGACAUUAUAAUUCCAGGAAAUAUAUGAGUUUGGUUUUCCACUGCUCAUGAGACGCUCUAGUAAAUGCAGAAAGAUUGGUGGUUUUUCCUAAUGUAGGAUGAUAGUUAGUUUUGGCAUUGAAAGAACAUGGUUUUUGUUGAGCGGGGAUAAACCUUUGUUUUAAAGUGUAGUGUCUAAUUUUAUCUAUCUCGUGUCAAACUAAUCCUGUUAAACCUUUCCAGCUUAAUCAGAUAAAAAGCUAAAGGUACCUUUGAUAUAGUCAGAUUCCCGUUGGUAUUGACACACCUUAAUCUUCUCCAAAAAUAUAAAUGGUUUCCUGAUUGUCUUAAAUAUCUCAAGCAUAAUUUAGUCUAUUUCUGUGACCUACAUUGUUGUAUGGACAUAAAUUGAUCCAAAAGGUUCACUAGGGCAAAACAAUACUCAGUCUCCAUUACAGCAACUUCCCUUAUGUACCUCUCGGUCUAGUAAAAGCUGUAGAAAAAUAGAUGAGAUUUGUUGCUUGCCCUAGAGGCCUCUGUAAUGAUGCAUUAACUAGUCAUUUGGUUGCGUAGCGGAGAGUUAGCUGCUCAUGCAUGUUGAUCACAUCCUACCUUAGCAAUGCCUGGGAAUUUAGCUAACAAACUUCAUGUGAUUUUCAAAAGCUCCCACGUGGCUGAGCCCAUUUGUCUUCUGUGCAUGUCGCUUCAAAGACAGGCUCCAUCUUUGAACCCUUAUUCACUUCAUCCAUUACGAUUUCUUUUAAAUAAUUUUAGGAAGACAUUUUUUAUAGUGGGAAUGGCUGUUUCUAUGCACUCUAUUUUUUGUUUCCUUGCACCCAGAAAUUAUGAAAAUAUUUUCUGCCUUGGACACAAACAAGACUUCAUUUUCAUAUUCUACUCCAAAAAAUGCCAUCAUAAAGGGUAUUUUUAAGGUAUUGACCAUUCAUAACAGGGAACACACACAGCAUGUGACACACUGCUUCUGCUAGCAUCCUUACUACAUAUUCUGUUUUUAUAUCUCCUUUUUAGUUAUAUAUGCAAUUGUACUAUAUGAAAAACUUUCUGCUGUUUUUUUUCUAAGAUUGAUGUUGUAGAAAAGAUACAUGUCCUGCAGCAGUAAUCGGAAUAUUUUAGGUAAAAUAGCCUUAUUUAAGCUCUUGCUAUUUCAUUUUGUGUAUUUAGGCUUUUUUAUUUCUUCCAUUGGGCUUUUACAAGUAAUUGGAUUAUGAAUUUCAAUCCUGUGCAAAGACAUUUAAUUUCCUCAGUUUGGAUUUUCUGGUGGUUUUUUUUCCUUUCUGUGUCCUUUGUGAAAACUGGCUGAUCCUCUAUUGAGAUCUCUGUUUUCAGCCUCCCAGGAGAAUGGAGUAGAAUCAUUCUGUAAUAACGUUGAAGUAUACAUCACUAACAAAAUGUCGUUUAUGCAGUUCAUGCUUCACAGUACGAAAAGCUUGAGCCUAAGGCACAGAGACCUAGUUUUGUUUUGGUAUGGUUAAUUAUAAAACUUGUCAGCUGUAGCAGCACUGUGAUGUCUGACAGUGAAAUGAGCCACCUCUUACAUUUUGAAAAAUGUGCUUUGGUUAUAUAAACAGAGAUGAAUUAAAAACUGCAUAACUUGUGUGAAAAAAUGCUUUGCAUCUUUGUCUGGAAAGACUUCAGUAGAUUGUAUCUCUCUGCUUAAGCAAUAUACUGUGAUUGCAUUUUAACAUGUGCAGUUUGGCUCAGUGUUGCAAAGAUAAGACACAGCCAUUUUUACAGUGCAGCCAGUGCUGAUAUAUGUAUUUUAACUCACUGAAAUUGCAGAAUGACAAAACACGGAGUUACACGGUAUAAAUUAAACUGUGGUUCAGGAAAAAAAUCUGUCAUUGCCAACAAAAGACUCUUCAAGAAGAAGUGAUGUUUUCUUGCCCUAUAUCUAGAAAAAGCCUAGGAAAACAGCUGUGCCUUGCAGCUCUCUAGGAUGGUAACCCAGGCUGGGCUCUAGCAAACAGCAAUUGAUGAUUUUGAGCGCCACAGUGAAGACACGUUGCUGCCUCACUGACAUUUUAAAACCAAGAUGCCACAUUCCAACUCAGGCAUCUCAGAUAGAUUCAGCUGCCACAGUGUCACAUGAAGUAUGGGAGAAUCUAAUGAUCAAACCUUAAAGGCUUUAUACAAAAGGUCAAAAAGACCUUUUAAGUCAGAAACCAGUUUGCACCACUUGCAGUUCACUGUUCGUGCCAGCAGUAUCUUCACUAUUUCUCCCUGAUGUACCAUUUCAAAAUAACAUUUAUUCAAAAAGUCAAUGAAGAAAGCAGAUUUCCACAUGAAUCUUAUCCUGUUAGUCCUCUCUUUUCACAGUAAUUCAAACAUUAGAUGUACUCUGAACAGCAGCAUAAUGUUGUGUGCAAUAGCAGAAGUUAGUUGGGGCUUUUGUCAGAAAGAUUAGAAAAGAAAGACUGAGGGGGUAGAUUCAUGGUAUUCAUAGUCUAGGGGACAAUAUAUGAGUAACAGGAAUGAUCUCUAACAGGGCUGAUAACAACCAAAAACGUAUGCAAGAAUAAGCUCCCACAUACUUUUUCUUUGUGCUCUUUUAGUUCAGUUGGCCGUUUUAACCACUCUCGUUAUCUUGCAGACCCACAUCUACUUUCUUAUGUCUUCAGAGACAAAACCAUUGCUGACUUUUGUUUGCUUUUUCUUGUUACUUUUGUCACCCAUAAUUUUACGGGUAUCCCUGGUUCUGCAUCCUUCUAUCGUCAUGGGUUCUCCCAGCUCCAGUCAUCCUGUGUGUAUUCUUUGUUUUGCUCUUUGAGCUUAUACUUUAACAUUAUUCGUGACUAUCAGAUCCUCCCACUCAUCAGCUUGCACAUAGAUAUGGAGCUAUACCAGGACCCAGGGUAAUAUGAUUAAAUCUGCAUAUUUAAUGGCAGAGCUUGGAAGUCAUUCACAAGAAAUGUCUAACAGAGAUAGGUGGCUGUAAGUUCAAGCAGCGUAAUUUCCACAUCUCCUAAGCAAUGACAGAUGGAUGCUACAUGUUCCACUGUAGCUGGGCUUAGCAAAUUGCUGUGGCUUGAAUAGCUUAUGGCAAAAGAUUUCAGUUACGAAAUGAUGCUGUUUUCAGGUUACUGAUUUAAUUCAAAGUUCAGAUAAAUGGAGUGUGCUAUCCAGGUGUUAAUAUAUAUUUCCUGAGAAAUUUCAGAAGACCUAUUUAUUGUGAAUAAUACAGAUUCUUCAUGAAAAAAAACUGUGUACACUAAGUAGUAAAUAAGCUGCAGUGUCUAGAACAACAGAUACAAAUGUAUAAGUCAAAAUUUUGUUAGAACAUUUCCAUUUCAAGAGCUUUUUAUCAACAGCAUCAGAACAAGAAAAUUAUUGCAUGAAUUUCCCUGCCCUGUUCUACUGAUAGACUUGAAAUAGUAGAAGCCUGGGGCUUUGUCAGCUCACUAUGGGUUACCUAUUGAUAGCCUUGCCAUGGCUCUCAACAUUAAUCUGUGAUUUAGAAUGGCUUGCCAAGCUGCCAACACUCAUUUAAGCCAAAUUGAACCGAAGUCAUUUGGGGUUUUGGUUUUUUUUAAUUUUACUUGCUACAGUCUUGAUUAUUUAAAUAAAAAAUUAGUUUUUACAAUGAUAAAUACAUUUUUCCAUGAGGAGAGAAAUGCCACUUGUUGUAAGGAUGACAAUUUCCCUACUCCCAGCCCCUGCCUUUCUGGUCCCAUUUCUUUCCCAUUACUCAGGGGAAAAAAUGAAUCCUCUCCUUAUUUAGGAAAAAAAUGGUUUAAUUUAACUUGGAAGACAAAUUUGGUAUACAAUAGGAAUCCACAGAGAUUACAAGGGAACUGUGCCUGACAAUGUGCUUUCUAUUUGGAAGAGAUCUUUGCCUGUAACUAAAGGGGGAGAUUAAAGAGGAGCAUAAUUAAUGUUAGCAUCUUCCAUGCUACAACAUACAAUUACAAUGCUCACACUGUGCGCUUGUCAUUAUGUAGAAGUGACCUUUACAGCUCACUCAGCAUGUUAGCUAACAUUUUGCAUAUCACUGAGCUGCCUAGGAAACCAUAUUUUGCUCUUACCAUGGUCCCACAAAAGCAGCUUGUGACAAUGUGUAUGUAUUCUGAUUUUUUUUCUCUUCUUUUUCUCCUUGGCUAACAGUUUACAGAAAGCUAUCUGCUAUACUCAUAUGUAUGUGUUUGGUUUUUUUAAGUGCCUUGCUACAUGGGAGUCCUUCCUAGCAUCUCAAACAGUGGAUCUUCAUGUGGAAGAAGAUUCUGAAGACAGGCCUUGAGUAAUAUCUCUGCUUGAUCUCUGCCUUUUCCAUGUAGUUUCUCCCAACCAAAGUGCUUUAUAUGAGAUCAAAUACAUUAUUAAAUUUAACUGCUAAAAUCAGUGAAAUGCAGAAAACCAGCUUAUUGAACACUCAGGUAUUCUAGUCCUGAAAUACAUUUUGAAACAUGCUAUAUAUUGCUUUUUAUUGCUUAGCUCUGAUUUUACAUAUUUUUAUGCAUUUGCAUACAAUUGUUUUCAUAAAUAUAGCAUAAUUUGGAUAUAAAGUAUUUUAAAUAUGUAAAAAUAGCUUCAUUUUAAUAAAAAGUUUAAUAAGGAAAGUUUGUCAUCAUUCUGUAUCCUAGUCUUUAAGAAGUAUUUCAGUAUUUUAGCAUUCUUCUUAUAUUCUCUUUCUUGAGUAAUUUCUUGUAGUUGUAAAAUUACCUCACGUAGUUUUCAAGAACUAGGACUUUAGGAUUACAUUGAUAGAUCUUGCUGGUCACUUGAUGGCAACAUGGUACAUAGAGACACCAAACGUACUGUAAGAUUAAUGAUGUUUAAAGUAUUGUUAGUUUAGUUUUUAGACUGCAUACUUACAUGUCUAUUAGAUGUCUAUUAGACAUCUUCAAUUUGACAUUUUUUAAAGGAUGAAGAAAAAACUGGCAGUUCAUGAAACAGAUUGUUUGUACAGUGAUGACACAGCACUGAUCCUACCAGCACAAGAGCUUCCAUUUGGAGUUUGCAGGAUGAAAUCUUUUACUCCCAUGGCUGACCCUCCUGUAAUCCUUAACUUCUUCCCUCUUCAGAUAGUCAGUGUGGAAGAGAAAGGGUUAAGAAAAUAAAAGAGAGUUUUGCAUUUGAAAUUAUUAGCUGAUUCACUCAUGCAAUAUGCAUUGAAGUCUUCCAGUCAUUCAAUUAUUCCACCCAAAAGGUUUUCCAGUCUGGACUUGUAGUUUCUGCAGUUUUAUUCCCUUUGGCCUGAGCAGGCCGAAGGCUGAAUGUGGAAAGAAUGAGGUGCAGGAAUGAGAGACAGUCUAAUCAGGGCUCUGGUGUGGCAGAACAGGAGGGCCUCAGCCAUCACCUGCACCUUUUGUGGUGGCAUUUUGGGAGCUUGCUCUUGUCAGUCACCUCAUGGCAGCAGGGGUCAAUUCCAGAGCACACAGCUGCUGCUCUUGGAUGGCUGUGGAGACCUGUCCAAGCUGGGAAAGUAUUUUGUGGUUUUGAUUUUAAAAAAUUUAGAUUGCAAGUGAAACCUGGAAUACCAUUACGACCUUUUCAGCAACUCUCUCAUGCUGCUCCCGUGAAGUAGUAAUGAAAGCUCAGCCCUUUUUUUCUUUUUAUCUAUAAAAUGGCAGUUAAGAUGCUCCUGGAGUACUGCAGGAAGUAUGCAUCCCUCCCAGGGUGGACAACUCACAGUGGAGUCUGUGUUAGGAGGAAGGCAGUGUGGUGCCAAAGGCCUGUGCUACAGAGUGUCUUCUCCAGCUGUGCUGGCAGUGGAUGCUUGCAGGAGCCAGGGAGGAACAACAUGGCUGGACUGUGCUCUUUUCCCACUGUAUCCUUUCUGAAGAUUUUUUUUUUUAACAUCAGAGCUUCUAUCAAUUAACUUAAUAGCCUUUAAUAGCUUUCCCUCUGCUUUCUUUUUUUCCAUCUAAACUCAUAGUAUUUACAAUGCUGAAUGGAUUCCACAACUUAACAUGUAGGAAAAAUCAAUACUUUUUGUGAUUUCCUAAACCAGCUGCCCAAUAACUUCUAGUGAUGCCCUCUACUUGUUAAAUUGUGAGAAGAGAUGAGGACCUGUUUCCUAUUUAUCUUCCCUGUGCCAUUCAAGAAUUUACAGACCUCUAGUGUGUUUUCCAAGCACUGCUGCUUUCCCAGAGGAAAAGCCAUAGCUUAAUACCAUAUCGUACAAAAGCCACUUCACAUCUGUGCUCAUUGUUAUUGCUAUUCUCUGUAUUUUCUAGUUCUGCUGCAACCAGUGUUCAAAAUGCAGGCACACCAGAAAUGUACAUGUUGUCAUAAUUAUGCUUUGAUUUUUGUCAUCAUUCUUUCCCACUAUUUUCUAAUUUAUUUUUUAAAGUACCACUGAAUGCUGAGCUGCCAUUCCAUAGAACUGUCCACUAACAUUAAGAGCUAUUCUGAAGGUUACUGAAUAAUUUAAUUUCCAUCAGUGUGUAUAUAUAGGAGAAUUGGCUUUUCCCCAGUGAGCAUUUAUUUGCAUUUAUUAAUACUCAAUUUAGCCUGCUGUUUUUAGCUCCUAAUCUCUCUGUGGUGUACAGUCCUAUAAACGGGACUCCAGCAAGUCAAACAGCAGUAACACUCUGAAUACCAGAUAAACAAAAGUUCAAGAAAUUGAGCUUGAACAGGCUUACCUGGAAGGAUAGGAAUGUUUCAAUGUAACCAAAAAUUAAUACCGUGUGGCUCAUUUAGGCACCUCUAAGGACAUGUACUGUCUGGUUAGCUGAAACGGGCAAUGCCAGUGUGUGUUGGGUUGAUUUUACCUGUAUAUUCUGCUGGAGCAGAACGUUGCUACAUGAGAUAUUUGGAAAUCAAAAGCAUCGGACAUUUUGCAUCCUUGGUAAAAACGCUCAUUAUGUUCAUGAUUUCUUUUUCAAUUCUUUUCAUCUUUAGCUAGGCUAUAACUUGUGAGGGAAAGACUUUAGCAGUCAGUUAUACAGAGGCCUUCUUUUGACCAUGUGUUUGUUCUCCUGAUUUUCUCUAUCAUCAUGCAGUACCAAGAUCCGUUUUUAAGUACAAUCAAACAUUCUCCUUUUUGUGACAUGCAAAUACUUCUGCUACCUAACAGGGGAGCUGUCACCAGUGCAAAUAGCUGAUAGUAAAGGUAAAACACAGGUAGCUUGUGUGGGUAAGACAUCAGUGUCUCUAAGCACUAAGUGAUUUUAUAUGGUUGCCUGGUACAGACUCUGGUACAUUAUCUGCAGCAAGAUGCACGUCUAGAGGAAAAGGAAAUAAAUGCGGACCCUGCUGGCCCCUGCUGCUGUCAGCCUACACCCAAAAUAGUGACCUUUCAAAAUGAUUUGUGCUUUAUUUAUUGACAUUUUUUCAUUUGCCUGAUAGCUAUGGGCAGGAUUUCACUGACAGCAUCACUAAAAUAAGGCUCAUGCUGGCAUAAAUUAAUCAUGAAACCAACCUUCCAGCAGGAGCUUUGCAGGCCAGAAGGAAUAUCAAGUGGCUUUCUUUCAUAUGUCUAAAUCACUUUAAUAUUACAUAUCUGCACUGCCCACUGUUUUGGACAAACAGUCCCUUCAUGAAGAAUGGAUGAGGGCAGAGGGGUAUGUAAUAGGCUGCUCUGAUGUGUUUUAAGUGUACUCAAAGAAAAUGGCUAAAUAAACCUUUUUCUAACAAAUAAAGGAGCUCCUAUCUGCUACCCAGGGGGACUGACUUGAGUGACUAGAGGAUCCAACUGUACAGCCCUUGCAGAAAGCACUUGGGCAGCAAAACUUUCAUAAAGCACAGCUUUCAAGUUUUUACUGUGUGAACCUGUUGUUACCUCGCCAUCAUUUUUACUCUACUCCUGCCAUUAUUGUGGAGAGAGAAAACCUUAUCUAUGCAAUCCCACAGAGGCACCUUAUUGAAUACGGUGUGAUUAGAAGAAAUGUUGGCCAAUAGGGUGAACCAUAAACUCCUUCAAGAAACCUACCAUGUUGCUUUUUCAAGAGACACCAAUGUUAGAUGCAGCCCCUACCGCUGACAGUGGCUCUGCCUCACUGGCAGUAACUCACCCGAACCUAAAAGGGAUAGACAAAAACUUUGGGACUGAAAAGUGAAGGUACAUCCUGGUUUAGGUAAAAUACAUGAUUAAAGAAAUGCAGAACUGCCAAAUUAUGUUCUCAUCUAAAAUAUAAUUGGAAAAAAUGUCAAAAAAUAUUGUAUUCAUUUUUCUACAGGCAAAAAGUCAUAUUUGAGGUUUAAAUUUUUUUAUCUAGACUGUGACAUGAAACUGAAUUUCCAGCAGGAAUAAUUCUUUUGAUAAUUGUAUUGCUUAGAAGGUUAAUUAAGGAAUAAACAUUAUUAUGUCUGCAUUAAUAAUUAAUGAAAAGUUGCCAGAAAGCCAUUAACUGUGAAAGCCAAACUAAGAAACUCCCUUGGAAUCACAGCAACAUUGAUUAUGUGAUGAAGACUCAUUGUUUUUUAAAUAAUUGUUUUAACACCGGCAUCUUAAAGAGCAAUGGAACUGCCUUUUUGAAUUAACUUUUUUAAUCCAAAAAAUAAGUAGCUGCAAUGUUAGAAUAUGAUUUGAUUUUUUUUUUCAAACAUAAAACAUCUCACCAGGCUCUUUCUGCAAAUGAAAACAAAUAAGAUGUUUGUUUUUUUUAUUUGUACUCUGGAGUUGUGUUCAUUUAAAUAAUAAAUCAAGCUUUCACCAGGAGGUAAAAAAAUAGUAUGUAAAAUGAGAGCUGAGCAAGAUGCUCCCUACAUGUUCAACUGUCACAAAGCUCCUUACUUUUACGUGGAGAAAUGUUUUUUCACUCAGGCACAGCAUUAUUUGGCUGUCAGGUUACAAGAGAAAGCCAGAGGUGGUCUAACAUCAUCAUCUCCUACCCAGGAGCCUGCAGGAAUUGCUUGGGCCCCACAAAGCUGGUACUAAGCCCUUCAAGCUGGCAGAGCCUACCAAAAUGAGCAGCAGCUCACUGCGGAUGCAGAACCACUACUGCUUUAUCAUCUCUUUUUACUGCUUGAUUCUUCAAUAUACACAGCAUAAGAGUCCGAAGUUUCUGAUAAAAGCAAAAGAGGGAAGUUUAUGAGGGUCCUUUUCAACCUAAAAACUAUUAUAUGAGGCUAUGAAAUAGAGUGGAAAUUGAGAGCAAUUAUAUUAUGAAGUGAAAAACUGUUACAAGAAUUAAGUAUCCUCUCCUACUCUUGUCCACCAGCAAUACCUUUUGCAAUAAACAAAACAACCUGGCAGACACUCAGCUGACAUAAAAGCAAAGCUAAAGCAAGGUUAGAGAAAGAUUUGUAACUGGGUUUGAGAGAAAACAGCUAAGUUAGAAUAGCUCUUUGGAGACUACGUGUUCAUUCACUGAUGGGACAGUACAAAUUUUAUAAGUGAAUUAAUUGUGACAGGUUAACAUAGUAAAGUAAGUUGUUCAAUAUUUAUUGGUGCCUUCCAGCAUGUUGCUUUAUUCCUAUUAUUGUACCUAUUUUGUUACCAUCUCAUUGUAGGAAAGAAAAUUAAUGGAGAACUAUAAAAGGGGAGGUGCAAAAGCAGAAAAAGCAUCAAAAUUAUAAUCAAAAUUAUAAUCUUCUGUGAUGAUGAUUGUGCACUGUGGCAUGCAGUUGUUAAAAGAAUUUAAAAAUAUACAAAUACAGUUGUGCCUCCUUUUGUCACAUAGGGGUACAGCAAAUUAAGAAAUACACUUCCGCUAAAGGAUGAACCUAGAACCUUUUAUUUGUAUUAGCCUUUUCUUCAUAUGUGAGUUUUUGCUGGAGCAGAGAGACACUCAGUGCAGAUAAUCAUCAACCACACCCCGAAUAACUAAUACAGAAUGGCAGUACUGGGUCAAACUGGCAAGUCUCAGCCAGGUUCUUAUAACCAAGGUAAAAAAAGCCAUGGUCUAUCUGGUUAAAAUGCAGAGAUGCCAACAGAAGAUGUUUCCUGGUUUUUUAAUCUUUUUUUUCCCUUUCCAUAAGAGCUGUAAAACCACUUCUGACACUGGUUCCUGCUCACCCACUGAGCACCUUGACCAGGUUUAAUAAGAGCUUUUAUGGCCACAUUAGGACAGAGUACACAGACCCCUGGCAGAGGAGCUGGCAAAGAGCUGGCAUGGAGAGCUGGGAGCCAGGCACACACCAGGGAAAGGGAACUGCCAUUCUCUUAGCUACUCCUGUGCUGAGAGAUGCUGAGGAGCAAAAGAAGGUACUGUACUUUGUCCUUUACUCAGAUUCUGGGAGUGGUACAAAGAUAACUGUCAUCUGUCACUUGGAUUGCAGUUUAUACACAGAUUUCAGAAUACAGAAAAUUAAAACAUAGAACAGAAGGAAAAAAUACCUUGGAUACAAUUAGAAGGAUAUUUGCUUUCAUGGUUUAAAUUAUAUUUAGCUUAGUUUUUAACCCUUAAUUUGAAAUGUUCCUGUUCCUACUUUAUAUGGCUUGCUACCUACACGGAGUGUAUGUCUGAAGUUUGUGAGGGUUGCCAUGGGAUUUCUGGCUUCACUGCUUCAAAAGUCAUUAUCUGCAAUUUGACAAAGCUGAUCAACACUACUGCUGUAUAUGUUCAUUUUCCCUUAGAAACAUUGGUUUUAUAGAUGACCUUUAUGGAAAACAAUAUUAUUUCAUCUCUGCUUUUUAAUAUGUCAUCUCAUUUAUCAAAUGUAUUUAUUCAGAACAAAUAAACUGCAAGUCUGUGAAGA